AUGGUUAUUCACCGCAGGAAGAGUUCUGUGCGAGGACCGGUCGAAGUGAGUCAAGUGGCAUCCUACUUGGAGGAAUGUUUACAUCCAAAAAGUCCCAUGCUUGCAGAACAGCUUACAAUUGGUAAAUACAUCAACGCCAGCAUCAUCCACGCCAUCCAGCCAUGUAACGAUCCCUAUUGGCCACCUGCACUUGACGAAAGUCGUAUUGAUUACAUUGCGACACAAGCUCCACUGGUUUCGACAGUCGGUGACUUUUGGGAGAUGGUGAUUCAACUUCGUGCAAACACUAUCGUAAUGCUAGCGCCAGCAUCUGGUGAGCGACUGUACGAUUUUCUCCAGUACUGGCCCAGAAGCGUCGGUCACUGUCUGUUUUACAAGUGGGGAAAGCAUCAACUGGCAGUGCGCUUGGAAUCCGAAGACAAAUAUUCAGGUUAUGUCCGCCGAAAUAUUAGGGUUAUGUCAUCCUCUGACGUGGAGAAUCCGGUCAACGUGGUACAUUUCCAGGUGAACAACUGGCACGAAAAUGGUGCUCCAGUCGCUCAAGAUUUUCGUUGCUUUUUAGCAGCUUAUCGGAUGGCCAAAUAUAAAAUGACGGAUAAAAAUUCUCCGACGAUUGUACAUUGCAUCAACGGGACCGGUCGUACGGGGACAUUUAUUGCCGCAGAUAUCCUGAAAAGUCACCUAGAAAGUGGUGCUGCCUACGUGGAUAUUUAUGGCCUCUUGGAGCAACUGAGAGUUUGCCGAAUGGAUAUGGUCCAGAAAACG